AGUGGCAACUGUUCCCGGCAUGUCUCCAGAAAGGCGACCAGGGCAUCUGUCACGAGAGGAGUUUCUGCAGCUAUAGCCACUUUUCUUCCUUCUCCUGCACGGAACAAGGAGUCGAAGACGAAGACGAAGACGAAGAUACAUAAACUGACAGCGACGCACAAGAAGUCUCGAUCCCGCUUCCGCUCAAUGGCCGCAGUGGCAGUCGUGCUGUUGCUCAUCAUCCUUCAGCUAGCCGUCCAUGGCUAUGCUAUAUCUCCGCCUCCUGGCUCCGUGAGCAUUAGCGACUUCUCUGCUGCAGGCGAUGGAUGUCCGAGCGACACUUAUAUUGGCCUCGUGUCAGAUGACGCACAUGCACUCACGGUCAUGUUUAGCGACUUCACUGCUGUCACGGACCGCGCACUCGCUGGUCGGCGGAAGCGUUGCCACCUGAGUGUCCAGCUGAAUUAUCCUCAAGGCUUCACCUUCACUCUUGUGGGCAUCACCGUGCGCGGGUAUGCUAAGUUGGACGAGGGUGUCAAGGGAAUCCUCCAGACGAGCUAUUACAUCAGCGGGCGGCCAGGGACGGGUAUAGCUGUCGUCAUUAAGGUCGGUCCAUUUGAUGGCAACUUUGAGGAGGGCAUAGCUUUCAUUUCCCCUGUCGUAAGCGUCUGCAACCAAGUCAGGAAACUAAACCUCAACACUGAAUUCCGUGUGGAUCCGGGGAACUUCACCCCCAAGAGAAACGGAAUUAUCACCCCGGAUCCCGAGGAUCUGAAACCCACGCUAAUCUACGAUGUCGCCUGGGAAGCGUGUUAACCGGGCCCAGGUAAGGGUUGGUCGCGCAUCUGCCCUUUGGAAGGGGCACUGAGGGAGGGGAGAGGAGGGGACGGGAAGGGAGAGGUGGUUGUCGAGGGCUGGAGAAGGGUGGGGGGGAAAUGCCGUAGCCAGCGGGGGAAGAACGCCCUAGCUAGCGGAGUAGGGAGUUGGAAAUGGAACACCAUAACGAGUCGGGGGCAGGCGUGAACGUGUUAGAGAUCUAGAGAUUUUGCGGACUCUCAUGGAAGGCAAACUGGUCGUACGGAGUCCUAAAAGACGGCCAGGAGGACUCGUGGCGUCAAACUGAAUAGGGGUUCAGUUAGCGUAGCUGCGGCCUGCGGAAACCGGUAUGUGCUGAAGUCGUGCUCAUGCUAACUACCGCGCUUAGAACCGA